CGUGGGAGCGUUGCCCUCUUCCUCCUCCUUCUCCUUCUCCUCCUCCUCCGCCUCCCCCUCCAGGGAGCUGUCAAGGAGGCACCGCCAUGGCAGACUUUAAUGUCGGCGCGGCUGCCACGCAUUUCAUCCCCGGCGUUUCCCCAGUUCCCGGGAGCGCUGCAGUUGCUGCUGAUUUGUCUGGCAGCAAAUAUAAUGGGGACAAAGAUGUUCGCGACUUUCACAUCCUCCGCCGCAACCAGCCGGUCAUACUCUUGGUAAUCGUUGCGAGUUUCGCCGUGGGAGCCCUGCUGCGAACUAUUUUGAAAAGAAAAAAAAUUCCUAUUCUUGUAAUAGUAUUCUUCAUUGGAGUCAUCAUUGGAACAUCUCAGUUACCUUUUGUCAAGACCAUUGCAGAGAUAGAUCCAGUACUUUUUCUGCAUUUAUUUUCACCAGUAAUAAUUUUCACGGCUGCAUUUGAAAUGGAUUUUUAUAUAUUCCAAAAAUCAUUUUGGCAGGUGUUAAUUCUUGCUGUUCUUGGAUUUGUGAUGAAUUGUGCUUCUCUAGGUUGGUUAACUUACAAAACUAACCAACAUAAAUGGACCCGGGAUGACAACAUAAUAUUUGGAAUAAUUCUUUGCACAACAGACCCUGACCUCUCUGUGGCUUCUAUUAAAAAUAUUGGCAUUUCAAAAAUACUUAUCAACUUGAUUAAAGGUGAAUCUUUGUUUAAUGGUGCUACUACCACAAUUGUUUUUGAGUUAUAUAGGGACCUGGUAAACCAUAGUUAUCAGAAAAUAGUUCAAGAGAUUUUUGUGAAGCUGACUUUAAAAAUUUUUGGAAGUGCUGUAUUUGGAUUUGUGAGUUCAAAAAUGGUAACUUUCUGGUUGGCAAACAUUUUCAAUGAUCGGAUCACUGAAGUAAUUUUGAGUUUCUCAAUGACAUACUUAGUUUUCUAUUUGGCUGAAUGGCUUGGGAUGUCUGGAAUUAUUGCUGUUUGUGUAUUGGGUCUUCUUAUGGAUUCUGUAAGCUUUAGUCCAGGAAUGGAUGUGGUCCUUUCUAAGUUCUGGUCAAUGUUGACAUUUUUGGCUCAGAUUAUGAUCUAUCUUACAAUGGGAAUUGUUAUCGCACAAAAAACCUUUCCUUAUAUGAAUUUCCAUUCCAUCUUUUAUAUUGUAACAAUCUACCUUUCACUAAAUCUUAUACGGGCUUUAGUUACUUUUAUACUGAGUCCUUUGUUGAAUCGUUUUGGCUAUGGAUUUAACUGGCGCUGGGGAGCUGUCAUUGUUUGGAGCGGAGUGAGAGGCCUUUUCACUUUAAACAUGGCUCUGGAAGUUAGCCAAACCCCAAAUGAAAAUUCAGCUGAACUUGAGAUUAAGAACAUGAUACUAUUGUAUUCUGUAGCAGUAUCUUUGCUAACCUUGGUAAUUAAUUCUACCACUGUGGAAAAGCUGGUUAUGACUUUAGGACUCUGUAAUGUUAGUCUUCCAAAGCGUGUGGCAUUGCAUAAUGCUUUUCAGCGUAUUAAACAAAUGGAGGCCAAUAACUUUACAAUGUUGAAGCUUGACAAGUUCUUAGCUGAUGCGAACUGGGCAUUGGCUGAGAAAUGUAUUUCAGUUGAAGAUCCUAAAGAAAUAGAUUCAGUAGUUAAGCAACUGAUGAAAACAUUUAGAUGUCCAAACUGUAAUGUUAAUACUCCACUUGAGAAUUCUCAGCAGAUGGCUGACAUAAUGGAAGAAGCCAGGUUGCGUCUCUUGACUGCACAAAUAGCCAGUUAUCAGAAGCAAUACAACAGUGGAAUGCUGAGCCAAAAGGCAACGCAGACAUUAAUAGGUGCAGCGGAAUGCUAUUAUGAUGUUCCAGGAAAGUUCAUGAAUAUUCAUGAAGUAAAAAAAUACUGGGAAGACAAAGGAUUACUGAUGUCGAUGAAGAAAUAUCUUUCUGACUGGGCUUACAAUGUGAAGCCUGAAACAUCAAGGACAUCAGAAAACAGGUUUCUGAAGUUAUGUCAAUUAAUUGUGUAUAACGACACUUUUGAACAUACAAGUUCCCUGAUAACAUAUUUGAACUUCAUUCCUAUUCUUCUUCGCUUGAUACCAACUGUGAAUAUGGAAUUUCUUCCACAACUUAAGAUAUGCAACUAUUAUUUUCUGAGUUUAUAUAUAAUGGAAGCCAUGUUGAAGAUUAUUGCAAUGGGAAGAAGCUACAUCCGUUACCACUGGAAUAAGUUUGAUCUUUUAGUGAUAAUAGUGGGAAUAGUAGAUGUUAUGGUUAUUAAUAUCAUUAGAGCAGAUGAUCGACCUUACGGUGUGGUCAGCACUGUUAGAGUAUUCCGGUUUAUUCGUGUUUUAAGAUUGCUUCGACUUUUGAAGCAUGUAGUACCCAAAAUUAUUGCAAUACUGGAGAGGCAAAUAAAUAAACAGCGCUCUUUCUGUUAUGAUAUUGCCAAAGGAUAUAUACAAGCUGAAGAAGAUAUUAAAUGUUUAAUUGAACAGAUUGCUGGUCAUGAGAAGGUUUGCAUAGAAAUAAAUAAAAUACUGGAAAAAAACAAACAAGAUGCCUUGAAAGAAUUAGGUUUAAUGCAGCGCGAUUAUCCAGAUAUUGUGACUGCUGUGAAAACUAAACAGGCAGUUCAAACAGUGAUUAACACAGAUUUUCAAGCACUUCAGUAUAUGAUAUCGGGAUGUAUUGUUGAUAAAAAUGAAGGAGCUGAACUUUAUAAGAUUAUUCUACUUAAAAGAAAACAGCUUGCAACACUUCCACCUACCAUUGCACCACCUACUGCACCAGAACUUUUGCGUAAUGUUAUGUGGUUGUGCGAUAAUGAACACCAGCUUGAGUACAUUCAGGAAAAAGCAAAAAAAAUUUGUUUUGACUAUGGAGAUGUCGUAUCUAAAGAAGGUGACUUACCGCAAGGAAUCCAUUUAAUUGUCUCAGGGAUGGUUAAGCUUUCUGGUUCUACACCUCGUUAUGGAGUUUAUAAUAAAGAAAUUGAGAAACAUCUUGCAGCAACUCCCUAUACAGACUACUUAGGCACUGGGACUAUAAUAGGAGAGGUCAACUGUCUAACCAAGCAAGAAAUGGAGUAUACAGUUACUUGUGAGACUGCUGUGCAGACAUGUUUUAUCUCUGCGAAUGAUUUGCUUGAAGCGUUUGAUACAUUUUUAGAAACACCCAGCUUAGAAGAUAAAAUAUGGCGAAAAAUUGCUCUUGAUAUUGCUCUCAAAACACUUAAGGAAGCCCUUCCUAACCAGGACUGGGCAUACAAGAUAUGUGCUCAGUUUUCUAACGUGCAAGUGGUGGAUAUACCAAACCACACAAAACAUGACAUUUAUGAUGCAACUAUGGAUGAUGUCAUUCUUGUACAUGGAGCUGUACAAGAUUGCCAACUGGGGCAGUGUUACUAUGCACCCUGCAUUUUACCUAAAACAUGCCACCAGGUACGAGGCAAUGCAACAGUAACAAAACUCUUAGUUAUACGAACUACCAAUCGAGGUGCUCAGACGAGCAGUGAAGUAUGCAAUCCUCUUUGCCAGUAUCAUUCGAGCCGGAGACGUGAGGCCUUGGGGAAUGUUUUUUCAGCUCAUUCAACCUCUCCUGGUUCAGUGACUACAGAUCCAAACAAUUUGAUCGGCCAAAAGGACAAGAAGAAAAAAGAUUCCAGUAUGUGCAAAGUUUAACAAGAUACAAUGCCAUCGCAAAGAAAACUGAUGACACAAAUCACAAGUCUACAUAGUUCAGGGACCUUCAUGUUAAAGAACUGAAAAUAAUUUAUUUUCCAAGACAGCUGCCAGACAGCAAAGGGAAAUCUCAAUUUCUCCUAACGUGAAAAUAAGGAAUGUCUGACGUAAUACAACUGCAAGAGGUGGUAUCUUCUAAAAUUCUGGGAGACAUUGUGGGGAAUCCAUUGUGAGAAUCCAGCAAGGGCCAAAAAUCUGGAAGCAAGAACAGCUCUGCGACCAUAAUAAUCGUACCUUGUGCAAGAGAGAAUUCACCCUCCCCCCAUGCCUCUCCCAAUUUUCAGCAGCAAUUUGAUGGGGGUGGCAGAACAUGCAGGGCAGUGAGAACCACAAAAGAACCAUGUGGUGGAUGUCCACAUGUUUCCUGUCUCUGCUCUGUAACAUUUCAUUCCACAUAUUUAACUUCUUUUCAAAGAAUCUACUACAUGCUUGUUCAACUGCAUUGUCCAGGUCCACUAAUUUCUUACCUCCUCUGAGGCUUAAGACAGGCACACACAUGGGCCAGUAGCAAAUGGCUCCAUAUCUGAGAACGACCAUUACAUAUUAUUUACAUCACAUCAACUGUGAUGCUUUUUUGAAAAAAUGGAUGACUCCUAAGUUGCACUACGCUGUUGCACA